AUGUCACCUCAUAAGAAUGUCAAAAAUCCACGAACCGACAAGGCGGUCAUUGUGCUCAGGAUAUUACUAUAUGUCGACCUCGAUGGGUACCUAAUCUCUUCAAGAUCUUUAACUGGCACAGCUGUUGUUGUUGAAGUCAAAUACGAGGGUAGCAAGAUGAGAAAGACUGAUGGUUCUGAAAGUGUCUAUCGAGGAACGUCAUUGACGGGAGGCAGUUACGCAGGGAGUCUUUUAGAAAGGGAGGAAAGAGGAGAGAGCAAAUUAAUGUAUUUGCUUUUUGUGGAUGGUGGCGGAUGUGUAACCGUUAUUUAA